CCCCAGUUCAUCCGCAGUUGAGAUGAGAUCAUUGGCCGCUUUCAACCGACAACUCCCACCAUGGCAACGAGUGAGUGUGAGAGAUGCUACAUACACGCAGUUGACGAAAUUCGUGGCGCAUGGCCGCAGAAACAACCCCACGGUUCCGAAUGAAAUCGAGGGCGGAUUAGGGUCAGGGGCAGUUGCGCUGCUGCUCUUGGAGCGAACUAAUAAAUAACCCGUUUGAGCCAAUCCAUCAGCAUCACCAUCCCCCCAUCCCCGCCGAGCCCCAAGUCAGCAGCGCACGUACCAGCGGCCAUGGACCGGCCCGAGUCGGGGCUGAUCAAGUGGUCGCCCAACGCGGCCCACGACUCGUUUCUGCACAUCAACCUGCAGCAUCGCGUGGUGCAGCUCUACGAGCCAACAGGCUUUGCCCAGCGGGGCCGCUUCGAGUACCGUAAGCUGGCCAAGCACGAUGACCUACCGCCGCUCACCACCUACGACUGGUCGCCCUCGGUGCCGGGCCUGGUCGCCGUCGGCACCUCGACCGGCGUCGUGAAUCUGCUGCGCAUCGACGACAAUUCCAACGCCUACCUGGAGCUCGGCCUGAAGAUCUCGCGCACCUGCCAGGCCGUGGCCUUCAACACCGCCGGGAGGCUGGCCGUCGCCCUCGAUAGGGUCAGGAGCGACACCUGCCUCCACAUCUGGGACGUCAGCCGCCUCUCGGGCCCGGAUGCCGCCGCCGUCUCCGGCUUCCCCGCCGAUGUCGACCUUCCUCCGGAUCCCGUCGACAGGCUGGAGCUCAACGCGUCCGUCUCGAGCGUUAGGUUCUUCGAGGACAACCCCAACGUGCUCGUGGCCGGCAUCAAGGGGCAGGGCCUCCGCAUCCACGAUCUCCGAGACCAGGGACAUGGCCCGGUUGCCCAGUUCCAGACCAAGUGCUGCAACAAUCUUGCCAUUGACUAUGCCAACCAAAACUACUUCGCGUCUUCUGCCCUGGACCAGCCCGGCGUCAUGGUCUGGGACCGCCGCGCCAUCGGCCGCCAUGCCGUCAGCCCCUACUACGCCGACGCCCUCGAGCAGGACGGUCUGCCGUGGGGCGGCGCCCUGCGCCUCGACCGCGCCGUGCAGAUCGAGACGGAUCCGGCCGCCGCCGACUCCAAGAGCUCCUUCAUCCGCGCUCUGCGCUUCUGCCGUGACCACGCCGGCAUGCUCGCUGUGCUCUCCCGGACCGGCCAGCUAAAGGUCAUCUCGACUAGGCGGGAGCAUUUCGAAGCCGACGUCAAGGUCGACGGCAGCCCUGAGCUCCUCGAGGUCAGACGGUCGUACGAGAUGGACCCUCUCUAUGCCGAGCCAAAUCGCGCGCACGACAAGAUCGUCUCGUUCGAUUGGAUUACCAUGGGCUCGCCCGUCCCUCAACCUCGCCUGCUGGUGCUCCGCGCCAGUGGUGCCUUUGAUGUGUUGCAAAAGCCGUCCUUCACUGCGGAAUAUCCCUUCCACAUGGUGCCAUGGCGGGGGCCGCACCGGGGACACGCUGAUGGGUCGGAUUACCGUGAGGCGCUGGACUUUGAGCCGUCGCAGGCUCGCGACAUCUUCGGCCCACUUUUGACCGAGAGAGCCCUGUCCAACGUCCCCUUGUUUGGUCCACACAAGGCAAACAUCAAGACUGUCGUGGCGGACGUGCUUUCCGAUGCACAUACUGGAGAGCGCUUGGUCACAGACGUAUCCCAGGAGGGCCCUCUCUGUGCGUCGUUCGACGCGGCAUCCUCAAUCGCCGACAAGCUGAAGGCGCUGCGGUUAGCUGCAAAAGGUGGAAAGGAACAGCCGGGCGAGGCAUUGCUGUCCCAGCUAGAGCUGCGCGAGAAAAUGCUCAUCGACACGAGAGAUAUGGUGGGUCUCUCGCCCAAAGAACGAUACGCGGUCGAUCACGUCAUGCUCCUCCGCGCAUUGGAGGGCUACCGCUUCGAUUUUGAGAAGAACCAGCGAAUCGUGGCAGACGAUCCCUGGUUGAGAGACGUCUGGGCCUGGGUUGCGGGCGCCGAGGCUGCUGCUGCCCACGGCGGCAUGAUGUCGCACCCCCUUGACAUCGGCUACAUGGGAGUCUACACAAUCUGGACCAAUGACCUCGGGACGAAACCGCACGCGAGGCUGUUGGACGACGCAUCGCCGCCGGACGAAGUCGGGUGGGAGCGAUGCUUGAACGCGAUAUGCAAAAACCUUGGGGUACCCAAGUUCGACGGAGGGGCGGGAACAAAGCGCCCUCACCACAGGGAGAUGUGUCUCGAGAUAUGCGGCCUCGGCCGGGCUUACGACGCCGAGUUCCAGGAGGCACUGUCCGCGUCAAGCCCCAGGAGAGAAUCAACUUGGUACACUAUGAUCGCCGCCCAAGCCCUCUUCCGAGGCGAUAAACAGGGCGCCGUGCAGGUGCUGAAGAAGGCCAGCGCAGACCACCCCGAGCUGCUCUUCGUCUCGCUAGCGCUCCAGCUGAUUGGCAAGACCACGGAUAUCGAGGCAAAGACGGCCCUCGACUUUGACGAGAAGGUGGCCUGCAAGACCGAUCCUUAUCUGCGUGCCAUCUCGGCCAUCAUCGCGACCGGCGACUGGGCCGUGAUCGCCGCGCAGCGGUCGCUGCCCCUCCGCGACCGCUGCUUUGUCGCCGUUCGCUACCUCGACGACGAUGCCCUGACCGGCUGGCUCGAGCAGGAAGUCUCUGCCAUCAUCGAGACGGGCGACAUCGAAGGGAUCGUGCUCACGGGCAUCACCGACCCGCUCGUCGACGUCCUCGCCCGCUACGUGCAGAAGCACGGCGACGUGCAGACCGCCGCCCUCCUCCUCUCCAUCUGCGCGCCGCGCUUCGUCGACGACCUGCGCGUCAACGCCAUGCGCAACGCCUACCGCCAAUACCUCCAGCGCCACCGCGCCUUCUUCUUCCGCGCCAAGUUCGACGUCGAGUCCACCCUGCGCAGCAAGCACAACGGCCGCGCCACCGUCCCGCCGGCCCCGCGCCAGAUCGGCCUGCGCUGCAUCUACUGCGACCUCGAGUUCAAGGCCGAGACCCUCCCGCCGGCGCCGCCCCCAAGCCGCGGCGGCGGCGGCGGCGGCGGCACCACCGCCUCCCUGCCCAGCUUCACCGUCACCUCCUCCACCUCCUCCGCCACCGCCACCGCCAACCCCCCCAAACCCGCGACCCCCACCACCACCACCACCACCACCACCAGCACGCCCACCCCGCGCACCGAGGCCCGCGCCCGCCAGCAGCAGGCCAACCCCUUCACGGAAAAGUCGGUCGCCGCCGGCAUCAGCUGCCCCGCCUGCAAGCAGCACCUGCCGCGCUGCGUCGUGUGCCUCGAAGUCGUCGGCCAGCCACGCAGCAGCAGCAGCGGCGGCAGCGGCGGCCGCGGUCCCGGUGGUGGCGGCGGUUCCGGUGGUAAUGGUAGUAAUGGUGGCAGCACCGCGCGCUUCCCCACCUUCUGUCUCGCCUGCGGCCACGUGCUGCACCUCGACCACGCGCGCCAGUGGUUCGCUCGCCACAGGGAGUGUCCUGUGCCCGAGUGCAGGUGUCUUUGUGGGACGAGGUUGAAUGAGGAGUUGGUGUACUGAGCUGUCUACCUAUGUCUUUGGGCUUGGGUUGUGGGUUGUGGGUUGUGGUUGGGUUUGGGUUGCAGCU